AAUUCGCAGGAUCCUCUUGAACACGCCCCGUAACUACGUAGUUUCUGUGGACGUAGUCCCUCCACGUCUCACUGGCCCUUCCACAGCCGGUAACGAAAUAGGAAGAUGGCUGCGGUGGAACGUCCGCCAGUGAAGGAGGGAGUCCGGAUUGCGCUUCUGUGUUUUUGUUGGUAUACGGUCAGCUCGGGUGGCAACAUCGUGAACAAAAUAAUUUUAAAUGGAUUCCCUUAUCCCGUCACCGUAUCUCUCUUCCACAUUUUCUCCAUUGUCAUUUUCUUGCCUCCGUUGUUGCGUGCUUGGGGUGUCCCGAAAACAGAAGUACCAGCCAGAUACUAUCGGUGGUAUAUUUUACCACUGGCUUUUGGGAAAUACUUUGCCUCUGUCUCUGCACAUUUCAGUAUAUGGAAAGUGCCCGUGUCCUAUGCGCAUACUGUCAAAGCAACCAUGCCAAUCUGGGUUGUUUUACUAUCACGAAUCAUAAUGAAAGAAAAGCAGACUACCAAGGUGUAUGUGUCGCUUAUCCCCAUCAUUGGGGGUGUUCUGCUAGCCACAGUCACAGAGCUUUCCUUUGAUAUGUCAGGACUAAUCAGCGCUCUGGCAGCCACGCUCUGCUUCUCUCUGCAAAAUAUCUUCUCCAAAAAGGUUUUGCGGGACACGAAGAUACACCAUCUGCGACUGCUCAACACCCUUGGGUUCAACGCAGUCAUGUUCAUGCUUCCCACCUGGAUCCUGAUCGAUCUGUCCUCGUUCCUGGUGGAUGGAGAUAUUGCUGCCAUGAGCAACUGGACCGGGACGCUCCUGCUGCUGGUGAUCAGCGGCUUCUGCAACUUCGCUCAGAACGUCAUCGCGUUCAGCGUGCUGAACCUGAUCAGCCCGCUCAGCUACGCCGUGGCCAACGCCACCAAGAGGAUCAUGGUCAUCAGCAUCUCACUGUUCUUGCUCAGAAACCCCGUCAACUCGACCAACGUCUUAGGCAUGAUGACUGCCAUCCUGGGCGUCUUCCUGUACAACAAGGCUAAAUAUGAUGUCAACCAGGAAGCCAAAAAGAAAUUGCUGCCAGUGUCCAAACAGGAUAUGGGAGGGUUUGAUCAUAUAGGAGCGGACAAGCCCCAGUCCAACGGCUCCGUGCCUUUCACGCAAGGUUCAGACUCUCCGUACGCCCGGAGCAAUGUACUAACUGACCACUUUCAGUACAGCCGGCAGGCCUACACGACGAACUACGGAGCCAACCAGUAUGUUGUCUAGGCCUGAUGGAUGUAUAUUUUAGUACAAGCUACUGAUGAGCUGCUCAGAACGUGCAGGCUCUUUUCAACAUCCUGCUUUGUAUAAAGAGGGGUGGCACUGUGGGGGGGAAGGCAUCGGCCUUACAGCAUGGGGGUUAGACUUAGUCUGCAAACGGUCUGCAAACGGUUACAUUUCCCAAGGUUUAUUUAUUUAUUGUACGAUGGACAUUUGGUUUAUUUUUUAUCUCAAGUCUGUGCAAAAUAAUUGUUGCUGUGGGGAAUGGGCGGUAAUGGGGAGAGACUUUAUUUUAACCUUAAUAGAAUGUAAUUAAUCAAGGACUUUUUGCACCCCGUGUCUGACGGCAGAGAGGAUGACAUGUUGAAAAUUACUGACCAUUUUUACAGUGCUGCUGUGUACCAGGAGCAGGAAUGUUGUUUGUCCAACUGUUUUGUUGUGCUAACUUGGAGGACUGAAUUUGAGCACAGCGCUGUUGAGCUCAAACUCCAGUAUAAUGUUUUUGAUUUAAAAUGCUUGUUAAAAUAUGCUGAAUAAUGUUUUUUUUUUUUUGUUUGUUUGUUUGUUUGUUUUUGUUAAUUUCGAUAAUUGUAAGCGGUACUGAGGGUAUGCGAUUAAAUGAUCUUGGGUGGGUUUUUAUAGAUCUGAUUUUAUGAAAAUCUGCACAGUUUGACUGUAGAUACACGUACAUGGUUGUUGGCCAAUCAGCUUUAAUAUCUUGAGAUACGCUACACCCAUAGGGUUGGUUCUGGUAUGUCCAGGGAACGGUGAACUAAAUAAGCCCAGUUAGUUCCUUCGGGGAACUAAAUAAGCCCAGUUAGUUCCUUCGGUGAACUAAAUAAGCCCAGUUAGUUCCUUCUUUACUUUGCUUGUUUUUGCCAAGGGUAUUUGUUAAGAAAACAGUUGAAAUAAGUCACAGUAGUAGAACUGAAUAACAGAAAUGGAACUGCGCCCUCCUCAGUCAUAGCCAUAUCAAAUCCGAAACCCAAAGGGAAAAAAAGUUUGUACAGAGAAACCAGUUUGUAAAGAUAGGUUUAUAAAUUCAGUCAUUUAGCAUUUAUUUGUGGGCAGAUCCAGUCAGACAUGAGAAAGCCCUCAUCAUUUUCAGACAGGUUGUACCAUAUCCUAUAGUGUAUGCUGGCAUCUCGGCUGAAUCCCCUAUCCCCAUCUAGCCUAUGAUGUCUCUGUGCUGGCCUGCGAACACAGUGUAUCCCCAUCUAGCCUAUGAUGUCUCUGUGCUGGCCAGCGAACACAGUGUAUCCCCCAUCUAGCCUAUGAUGUCUCUGUGCUGGCCUGCGAACACAGUGUAUCCCCCAUCUAGCCUAUGAUGUCUUUGUGCUGGCCUGCGAACACAGUGGAGUUGAGUGAUGUCUCUGUGCUGGCCUGCGAACACAGUGGAGUUGAGUGAUGUCUCUGUGCUGGCCCGCGAACACAGUGGAGUUGAGUGAGUGGGUCUUCAUUAGCAAUCUGACUGUUUAGUGGGACUGUCACAUCACUGUACUCUUCUGCACACUCUGCUGACCUCGCCCUUGCUGUGACCUGUUGAGGAAGAGGCGAGAAGAUGUUCUUCGGGGAGUUUCACAGCAGAGAGGUGUGGGACUGGCCGAAGUGGAGCAUCUUCAUCAGCAGGAGCAGCAUUGUUUCACAUGGAGACUCAUUCACCAACCUUUAGUCCUUCACCUGUUCCAUUCAUGGCGGACUGGAGUGUGUGGUGUCGACACCAGCCUGUAUGAGUGUAAUAAUCAUCAGCCUGUAUGAGAGCAAUGAGUGUUAAUCAUUUGAAUUGAAGCGCUGUCUGACAGUGUAAAGAAAGUCUCUCUCACACACACACACACACAUGCAUAUCUCUGUAAAUAUCAAAUCUGAUCCUGUUUUGAUUCUUUGUGCGUUCGCACACAUAAACUGUGCUUGGACCAGUUUCAGUCUGUGCUGACCUUUCUCCCAGCUCUGUCAAACUAAAGGGAUACUGUAUCAAA